AUGUUUAAUCAACAUGUAUUAGAUGUCCCAGCUGUGAUUUUUGACAAUGGUUCUGGACUCUGCAAAGCAGGCUUGUCUGGAGAAAUUAGACCCCGUCAUGUCAUCAACUCUGUUGUGGGGCAUACUAAAUUCAACCUGUCUUCAGCCAGAGCCAAUCAGAAAAAGCACUUUUCAGGGGACGAAGCCCCCUGCACUUAUGAGGCCUUAUGUUUACAUCACCCCAUUAAGCGUGGACUAAUAACAAAUUGGGAUGACUUGCAGAAACUUUGGGAACAUCUUUUUGAGUGGGAAUUGAGAAUAAAGCCCUGUCAACAGCCUGUACUCAUGACUGAGCCCUCCUGGAACCCAACAGAGACCCGAGAAAAACUUGCAGAAAUAAUGUUUGAGAACUUCAAUGUGCCUGCUUUCUACCUGUCCAACCAUGCAGUGGCAGCACUGUAUGCUUCUGCCUGUGUCACAGGCCUAGUGGUGGACAGUGGGGAUGGGCUUACUUGCACUGUCCCUGUCUUUGAGGGUUACUCUGUACCUCAUGCAGUCACCAAGCUCUAUGUAGCAGGAAGGGACAUCACAGAGCACCUCACCCGGCUCCUCUUUGCUAGCAAGUGUACCUUUCCUUUCAUACUUAACAAGCCCCUUGUAAAUGACAUCAAAGAGAAGCUGUGCUACAUUGCCUUGGAGCCAGAGAAGGAACUAUGCAAGAAGAUGGAGGAGGUCAAGAGAGAAUACAAACUUCCAGAUGGGAAUGUCAUCCAGAUUGGGGACCUGCUGCACCAAGUGCCUGAGAUUCUUUUUUCACCUGGCCGACUGGGCAUCCACAACCCAGGACUCUCAAAAAUGGUCUGCAGCAGCAUUUUGAAGUGUGACACUGGCAUCCAGAAGAACCUUUGUUCAGAGAUUAUACUGUCUGGGGGCACCACACUCUUGCCUGGACUGGAAGAAAGGCUCAUGAAAGAACUGGAACAGCUGGCUUCUGUAGGGACCCCCAUCAAGAUCAUGGCUUGUCCCUAUAGAUGUUUUUCUGCAUGGAUUGGUGCAUCCAUCAUGACCUCUGUGAGCAGUUUCAAGCAAAUGUGGGUUACCUCUGUAGACUUUGAGGAAUUUGGUGCAGCUGUGGUUCAUAGAAAAUGCUUUUAA